AUGGGGAUCAGGUACUUAACCAAGUUCGUUGAUAGAGGGCUCGUGCGUCGAAAGCGCGAGAGAGUGCAGGGGACGCUGGUAGUGGACGGGAACUGCAUCCUCCACUCUCUGCACACCAUGGAAUGGUCCAACGGAGGUCAGUACAGGGAGUUCAGAAACGCUGUUUGCCGCUUUUAUUCCAAUCUCCUGGAGUCUGGAAUCACACCCAUCGUUGUGUUCGACGGCGUGGACGAGACGCAGAAGAUAGAUAUUCUCCUGGGGAGGAAGAAAGAGCGGCUGAUAACCAUAGACCGAAACAUAACUAGGAACGCCUCUCGCCAGGCAGUGUGCAAGGGGCAUAUUCUGCCUCCUCUUACUAGUGAGGUCUACCGCAUGGCUCUUUACGAUCUCGAGAUCCAGUUUUAUGUAGCUGAUGGAGAGGCAGAUGUAGUCAUCGCCAGACUGGCCAACCACUACCAUUGCCCAGUCCCGUCUCUGGAUUCGGACUUCUUUGUUUUUUGCUUAGUCGGAGGUUUCAUUCACUUUAAGUAUUUCGACUGGGAGUCAUAUCCAGCAACUGCCGUUUUCUACCAUCGUGAUUGGUUUGCUGGUCAACUUUGCUUUAGGGAUACAAGCCUCAUUUGUAUGAUUCCAGCUCUUGUGGGCAAUGAUUUCAUGGAGCCAUGCCAUCCAUAUUUCUUAAAAUUAAUGGUGUGCUCUGUGAAAAGUCCUAGAGUAAGAAAAGUAUGUUGCCACUUGAGUAAAUUUAAUUCCGUCAAAAGCUUCAUAGAAGAAUCAUUCGGGGGGAAAACACUGGAGCCCAAAUGUCUGAAAGCUCAGCAGUGGUACGAAGGUUCGCAAGACCUUAGUUGCGAAGAACUAGUACUAUCGACAGAUCUAAGGCACCACAAUGGCAGCGAGUUUCCUAAAUGGUUGGUUAGACUCUUUCACCUGGGUCAUAUCCCAUCAUCUGCCAUGGGUGCAGCAGUUUCAUGCAAGGCCAUUUUUCGUGUUGUUGCUGAUAAUUUCAAGAAAGAUAGCUCAGUGUUAGCAGCGAAACCCAUCCAAGAGCGCAUGUAUGCUUUGCUAGAGGUCCAAACUGUAGUUGAAGUCGUUCGUUCUGGGUUGACCUUAGCAAAACUCAAAGCAAAUACCAAAGAGCGAGAGUACAGAGCUGUUACGGCAACAUCAGUUAGUUUCCUCAGCCACCAAGAGAGGCAGAGUCUAUUUUAUGAAAUCCUUGAGUGUAGCAAACAAAACAUCAACCUCAAGCUGAGUGGGAGCUACCAAGACUGGAGGUUUGUGGCAGCCACUGUCAGGGUCUGGGCCAGAACUACAUGUCCUCCUACAUAUCUAGUCAGAUCUCUACUCCUCAGUUUCACGCUCUGCUCUUGCUUGCCUGAUGAGAGUUUCAGACGCUUGAAAGUGCCCCUUUGGUUUCGCCAGAGCCAAGAGUGGCUGGACACGCUGCAUUGGUUCUGUUAG